GCGGGUGCGCCCUUUCCCCGCCGCUGCCCCCGGGCCGGGCGCAGCCCCUGGUUCCCUGGCAGCCGGGGCGGCCCCUCCGGCGUGUCCCGUUGCCGCUUGGGCCCGAGCUGGGCCGGGGCCGGGGCGGGGGCGCAUCCCGCCUCCGCCGCCUUCAGGGGCGCCGCGUCCCGCUGGCGGCGCCUCAUGGCGCGAUGCAGCUGCAGUGGGAGGGAGAGGAAACCCACCCCCCUCGCCCGGCGGCCGCCUUUGUAACCGCCCGGCCCAGCUCAGCGCGCAGCGGCUCGGGGAGCGCCGGAGCGCGGCGGCGGGAGCAGAUGGAGCCGGAGGUGUCACAUUGACUCCAGUCCUGCGUUGGAAGCAUGUGGGGAACUGCAGCACAUCAGCUCAGCACAAUGUCUCCAUCAGGCUGGAAGGAAGCCCAAAACCAAACCUGCACUGGCCAAAAUGCAUCCUUUGCAGAAACCCCAAGUACCUCCUAAGCCUGUCCAUCUCAAACCUGGGCAGGAAAGAAUUCCUCCUGCACCAUCUCGGCCUUUACCAGCUGAUCCCAAGUCAUCAAGGAGCUUAGCACCUGGAGAGGAAGAAAUACCAAUAUCAGCAGGAGUCAACACGCUCAUUGAGAAAUUUGAAAGUAUUAGGCAACCUGUACAUAUUCUUCAAAGAAACCAGCUAAAUUUAGCUCUUAAAAUGGAACCUGGCCUGGACUCAUCCAAGCAGAUGAGCUUGUGUGACCGUGACACAGUGGCUUCCACUGACUCUUCCACAAAUGACAAAACUGAAUUGGAUGAAACUGAGCCCAACAUACCAUGCAGCAUGGAUCUAACUAACACAGACAUAAUGAAAAUUAAGGAGCUGAGCAUAGGUGAUAGCAAAAGCCAUGAAGACUCUACUGCUGUGACUUUGAGCAAAGAGUCCCAAGAAGAGCUUGGCAGUAAAGAUUCAACUGCAGAACUGAAUGGGAGUGGUAAAAUUCCCAAUAGAGACAGUGGCAUUGACAGUCCUUCUUGUAGUGUGGCUGGGGAAACAUUCCCCAGUGAAGAAGGGGCCGAGCAGAAGAAGUCCAGCAUGGCUGGGAACCCAGGAGAGAUGGAACCUGACAGAAAGGGCACCAAACCUUCCUCUGUAGAGCAGAAGAGAGACUCCACGCAGGAUGACGACAGUGACAUUGAUGAAGGAAGCAGUGAGGAGCAAGAGAUAGCAGAAGUGCCAAAGUUGGAGUAUUUGGAUGUAAACAAGUGUACAGAGCCCCAAAAGCUAUUCAACAUCGCCAGUGAGCUGCUCCACACAGAAGAAGCGUAUGUUAAAAGACUCCAUCUCUUGGACCAGGUUUUUUGCACUAAAUUGUCCGAAGCAGGGAUCUCAUCUGAAGUGAUAACAGGCAUCUUCUCAAAUAUUUCUUCCAUCUAUUGUUUCCAUGGACAAUUUCUUCUUCCUGAGCUCAAAACGAGAAUUACACAAGAAUGGAGCGUCAACCCACGGCUAGGAGAUAUCCUGCAGAAACUUGCUCCUUUUCUGAAGAUGUAUGGAGAGUAUGUAAAGAACUUUGACAGGGCAAUGGACAUAGUGAACACAUGUAUGCAGCGGUCCUCUCCCUUCAAAGAUGUUGUUCAGAAUAUACAGAAACAGGAGGUGUGUGGAAACCUGACUUUGCAGCAUCAUAUGCUUGAACCAGUGCAAAGGAUUCCUCGUUAUGAGCUUCUCCUGAAGGACUACUUAAAGAAACUUCCAGAAGAAUCUCCAGACAGGAAAGAUGCUGAAAAGUCACUGGAGCUGAUAUCGACAGCAGCAAACCAUUCCAAUGCAGCCAUCCGGAAGAUGGAAAAGAUGCACAAGCUUUUGGAAGUCUAUGAGCGCCUGGGUGGUGAAGAGGAUAUUGUUAACCCAGCCAACGAGCUCAUUAAAGAAGGACAAAUUCAGAAACUUUCAGCAAAGAAUGGCACAGCACAGGAUAGGUAUUUAUUCCUGUUUAACAGCAUGGUGCUGUACUGUGUGCCAAAACUGAGGCUGAUCGGCCAGAAGUUCAGUGUCCGAGAGAAGAUGGACAUUGCAGGACUGCAGGUCCAAGAAAUUGCCAAGCAAAAUGUGGCUCAUACAUUUUCCAUAACAGGAAAAAAGAGAUCAUUGGAACUGCAAGCCAGGACAGAAGAGGAGAAGAGGGAAUGGAUUCAUGUCAUUCAAGCCACUAUAGAAAAGCACAAACAGAACAGCGAGACCUUCAGAGCUUUCAAUAGCUCUUUUUCACAAGAGGAGGAGCAUCCUCCUGAUUCCUCAAUAGCCAGCACCAGCUCAGUUGAAUCAAUGCCAGGAGCAGAUGGUGGUGGUGCAUUAGGAGGGAGUGAUUCCUCUAGGAAAUCUUCGAAAUCCAAGCGAGACAAAGAGAAACAGUCUUGUAAGAGCUGCAGCGAGAGCUUCAACUCCAUCACAAAGAGGCGGCACCAUUGUAAGCAGUGUGGGGCUGUGAUCUGUGCAAAAUGCUCUGAGUUCAAGCCUCUUGCAGAUAACAGCCGCCAUAACCGCGUGUGUAAAGAGUGUUUCCUGCAGCUCCCAGUAAGCCCCUGCAGCCCUGGCGUGGAAGCAGCUGGGGAACAGAAGAAAAGACUAGCUGCAGAGAAGCAAAGCAUCCUUGUGGCUGAAAACAGCCUCUUCAGCAGCUACCUCCAGUUCCUUGAAAAAGGGAAGACUUGGAACAAAAUGUGGGUGACCAUCCCCAAGAGUGAACCUCUUGUUCUGUAUCUGCAAGGAAGCAGCCAGGAUGGACGAAGCCCACGUCCAAUCCCUCUGCCUGGCUAUGAAGUCAGUUUACCAGGUUCUGGUGAGAAGUUUGAUCUGAAGCAUGUUUUUAAGCUUUGCCAGUCCCAUCAAACUCUCUAUUUCAGUGCAGAAGAUGAAGAGCUGCAAAUGAAAUGGAUGGAAAUUCUCACCAAAGCUGCCAAAGGAGAGACUGAGGAUACAGCUGAAGGGCUCAGCAACCCAUAGAGCAAGUUUCAUUUAGUUUCUUUCCUACAUGCUAUAAACCAUCACUUGAAUUUGGUAUUCAUGGCACUUUGGAAUCUAUAUGGCUUUAUAUUUUCAUGUGUCUGCAUAGGAAGUUCAGUGGUUUUUCACCUUUUAUUGUACAUUUUCAAGUACAGUAGUUACCUGCCAUAUGUUAUGUUAAAGAAAGAAGUAGUUAUAGUUGUUGGUGGUGUCAAUGCUGGUUUUAAAACAAAAGGCAAGGAGCAAAGCAUUAAUUUUAACAAAGGUAAUGGAAAAUCAUCAGUCUUGUUUUCCUAAAUGUAUAUUUUCCAGUCCUUUUGAUUGCUGUUGAGUGCAGGAUGUGUAUAUUCUGUGAUUAGUUCUAUAAAUGCUGCCUUUUAAGUUAAAUGUUGUAAAGGCUUGUGCUGGCCACUGACAUUCCAUUCUCUGCCUCGCCCUCCCGGUAAGGUCUUUGUGAUGUGUGAGCAAUGUACUGAGUAUUUUCCUGUUGCUAAAACCAUGUCUCUGCUGUUUUGAGAUGAGCUGUUCAAAUGACAAAUAGUGUAGAAGGGACUUCUAAAAAUGACUUCAAGUGGUGCAGAACGGAACAUUAAGAAGUCUCAUUGAUUUUAAGCAUUUAUUAUAUUGAUUGCUUUCUUCUGGAAACAAUACCUUCCUUCCUUCUAUUGGAACCCAUUUUGAUGUAAGUGAACAAACAUUUUAUACUGCAAACUGGGUUAUGAUCAAUAAACAAAAACAUUUUUAGUACAUACCAUACAAAAAAGUGACUUUUUUGUUGUAUUGGUUAAUUUAAGUGGCCUAGAUUUUAUUUAUAUAAUUUGUAAAUAAUGUUUCAUAAGUAUUUUAAGAAUUUUUAAAAGACCUCAGCUAAUUAACAGGAUUUAUUACAUAGUGUAAGAGAUAUUUGUAUGAACUGAAUUUGUAAUUUAAUUUCCUGUUCACCUGUUUUUGUCUUAUUUUCAAACAUAAAUGCUUAUCUAUUUAAAUAAAAAAUCCUGCAGUUAACUCCUGAGCCAGAUUUCCUAGGCGCAGCAAAGUUUAGGUCAACAUUUAAUAUAGGUUAAAAAAAAUUAUAAAAGUCUAAAACAAACCAAAAAAAAAAAAGCAUGUUUGUUCCUAGUCGUAGUAAGCAUGUAGUAUCGAUCAAAAUGAAAUAAAAUCUGUCACAGUACUGUA